GGAAAUUAAAUAUUAUUAUAACAUGAAUAUAAAUGAUCCUCUUCGUGUAGGAGCAGAAGGAGUCAAACAUGACUAUGUACCCAAGCUGAACGGAGGCCAGAGAAAGCAUCCUGACACUAAGAGAUAUUACCCACUUAAUAAGAAGGGUGAGGUUGACGAAUGGGCUGCUAUUGCUAACUCACAGAUCUCUGCAGCUAACCACCAAGCGCAAGCGGCCAAGUUACAGAAAAGAAAUGUCCAAGAUUCCUAUAUGGCUGAGCUAAGAGCUCUUAAUGAACAGAAGUACCAGGAACAACAGAAGGAGUAUUCUCUUAAGGUUGAUGAAAGAGAAAUCGCCGAUUCUAAUGCAAAAACAAUGGCUGAUCAGCAAAAUGAGCUGAAUAAGCAAGACAAGAGCUUUCGAAAGGCCAUGGGAAAAGCUUACAUCAGAGAAAUGGCUGACCGCCAAAGGAAAAGAAUAGAAGAUAAACUUAAAAGUAUUAAUGAAGACCAUGCCAACCUUCCUGACCUGGAAAAGGUUGAAGCUGAGGAAAGGCUAAAGCAGAAAAUGGCACAAAUGCAAUUAAAGAAUGAUCAAGAGAAUCUUAUAAAACAGCGGAGUUUAAUGAAAGCUAAUCUCCGAGAACAAGAGAAUAAAGCUUAUAAAGAAAUGAUUCAGAAAAAUGCUGAGAAGGAGGUGCAGAAUGAAAAAGAAUAUAAGUAACAUCUUCAGCCUCUAUGAGAACAAGCAUAAGAGCAGAGUCCAGCAUCAUGAAAAUUAUCUCAAAACACACGGGACUAGUAGGAAGCCAAACUGGGAAGGAAACUGUAGUAUCACCGAACUCAUACAACAGAGAAAAGACGAUAAUGGGAAAUUUGAUGAAAAGAAAAAUUUCGAUUUUGUCAAAGAACAGAUAGAGAGAAAACAAAAGCAAAGAGCAAGAGAUGGUGAAUACUUGAGAAAAAGUGUGGAAAGAAGAUUCCAACAGGAAGAGUUUAACCAGAAACUAGAGAAAUUAGAAAAAGAGCAAGCCAUCGAGAACCAAAGUAUGUAUAAAGACCUCCUCAAUAAGCAGAUUAAGCUGAUGGAAGGUAAGAACUAUGGAACAAUGACUCAGGUUGAAAAAUAGAAUGAAUAGAUCUGAUUUACAUGGAUAUAAACAUGGUGAUCACAAUGUUAACUGCUUAAUACCCGGGAUAAAUCACUCCCAUAACGUGGGCUCAAAAGCUCUAUACAAAAAGAAGAGAAACUUUUCACAGAAGCCUGAGGGCUCUCUCACCGAUAGAAGUCAUGCAGCUUCUUCAAACGGAGAAUUGCCUCCAUUAAGCAAACCAAUCUCACGAAAUACUUUCAGUAACCACAAGAGGAACUCAUAUAGUCUAAAUCCUCGACCUAACCACCACAACCCUAUUACUAAUCCUCUGAACCAAUACAACCCGUACUUAAGCGAUGCGAAGAUGAAGGUGGUGAAUGACCACAAGCCUUUCUUAAGAUAAUUCAUUAAAAUUAAUUCUUCAAUUAUC